GCCGCUCCACGCCCCGUUUGUUUUCCUUUUUUCAUUUCUUCCUGACUGCCUGGAAAACAGAACAGGGUAGACUCGUCCUCUUCAGUGGCGCCAUGUACCUCCUGCUGGUUCCUCUGCUGCUCACUCCAGUCCAAAUGCUCAAUCUUCCAGGGAAGGAAAGGCCAGCGGCAAUGGGAUUCAGGGAGGUGCUAGACAAGAGCUUUUGUCGACCGAUCGAGCAGCAUGUGAACGUGGAGACGGAGUUCCCUGGCGGCGUGGAGGAUUUCUACAUACCUCAUUGCGUCUCACUGUUCCGCUGCUCGGGCUGCUGCAUUGAUGAGACUCGGGAGUGCUACCCUGUCGUUGAACGCAACAUCACCUUGGAGGUGAGUCGGUCGAAUCAGGUCGUCAACCUCACGUUUGUGGAGCAUCAAGAGUGUGGAGUGAGGCUGAAAGAGUAUCGGAAUAACACAAGCAAGGAGGACUCUCUCAGGGACAGACCUCGAAGGAGGAAGCACAGGAGGAGAAGAUGUGAAAAGUGCCAGUUCUCUCGCUAGAAGAUACAUCUUCAUUGACGGAAACGUCAUUUGGGAUCAAUGUUUCCAUCCUCUGUACAUAGAUAACUUCCUGCAUUCAUCCCACCAGAGGCCAGUUCUUCUUCUGCAAGCUUCUCUUCAUUAUUUAUCAAAGAAAAAGGAUCAGCCUUUGAUCCUGGCUGCUGCUUGUUUUGGACCGAAGUCAACUCAGUCCUUCACAUCUAGAUAUUCUCAUGUGACGUUUGGACGAUGUACGUAAACUACGGAACACAGAAGACGUUUAUUUAAGCUUUUUUAUAUACAUAUUUUUUAUCAGUUGUUAACACAAAGACAAUGAAUAAUGUACAAUCGGCAAGGCAUAUGUGUGUAUUUUUUAAGGAUUUAUUUAAUUAAAUAAUGAGUUCAGUGAAUAAAAAUAUAUGUAAACAGCA